AUGUAAAAGAUAGUUUUGCAAUAACUUGUCAUUAAACAUGUUUAACUUGUGAUUUACAUGAUCGAACUAGAUGUAUCACAUGUGAUUCGAACACAAGAAAUUUAUUAAAUGGAAAAUGUGUUUGCAAGGAUGGGUUUAUUGAAAUUACAUCCGUAAAUGUGUCUCUAUGUUUAUGUAUAGAAUAUGAAAUGGAUUAUUAGAAUGUUCCUAAAAUUGAAUCAUUGUUUAAGUUGUGGUGAUGAAAACAUCACACAUCGGUAAUUAGUAAAUGGUGAUUGUGUUUGCAAAUCUGGUUAUUAAGCAGUUAAAUAUUAAUAUGCAUGCGAAGUUGAUACUUGGGAUGAGAGAUUGCUGACAUUUAAAUUUAAGACUGAUACAUCUAAUCAAUAUUAGUAAGCUGUCGUAAAUCUUUUCGAUAGUAAUAUUGAUAUUGUUAGCGAGUUGACUAAACUAAUAAAGGCUUCGUAUUUAUAGGAUACUGCAACUAGUUCGGUCUCAAAAUAUUAUUUUGAUUUAGAAUAAAAUUAGGAGAAAUUUUUCUUUAAAAGUGAUAUUCCUGUUGGUUAGUAUUAUUAAAGAUUCUAACAAAAUGUUUUUGCAGUUGGAUAUAUCUAACCAAAAGAGAAACAAAGUGUGCUUUGGAAGUUUGAUUCAACUGCUUCAGUUUCAUAAACCUCAAAUUAUUACACUAGUCGAGUUUUUGAAAGGUAAUGGAAUGUAGGAAUGUUUCAAUAUUAAAAGGGUUAUGCAGUUUAUAUUUAGGUGAUAAUAACUUCGUAGGAAGAAACAGGGAGAGUUACAAGGAGAAGAUUUCUAGCUGAAGACUACUCGAUAUAUUAGGCGAUGUAUUUCUUUUAUAUUGGAUAUUCAAAAUUCACUUUUUUUAGUGAUGCAGAAUGUGAAAAAUUGAUAGAUGCUUUAAUGAGUUUAAUAAAUGGAUGCCAGAAAUAUUGUGAUGAUUGUUAUUUUAAUCAGAAUGAACAAUACUGCAAAAGCUGUUAAUUAAAUAGAGUAAAUUAAAAUGGAAACUGUUUGUGCAAAUAUGAGACAACAGAUUAAUCACAAUGCUAUGAACCUUGCAAUGGCUUAGAUUGUAUAGCCUGUAUAAAUGGCUUUUGCAUAUCUUGUCCUGAUGGUAUGAAACCUCCUUGUAAUUCUCCAAUUAUAAAAUGCGAUGAGGGAUAUUAUUAAGAAAAUUCAAUAUGCAAAGGAUGUGCAGCUCCAUGUGCUACUUGUACAUCUUCUAUUGUUUGCACUACAUGCAUAGACACCUAUUAUUUUGCAGAAUAAACUUGCGAGAUAUGCAUUGAUGGUUGUUUAAAAUGUACUACAUCAACAGAUUGUUCUAUUUGCAUAGAAGGGUUUUUUUAUGAAGAUGAUUAAUGCUAUGUAUGUACACCAGAUUGUGUAAAAUGCUAAGCCAAAAACUAUUGUAAUACUUGUGUUACUGGAAAAUAUAGUAACAGUUUUGGAUAAUGUGAAGAUUGUCCAUCAAUUUGCACCUCUUGCACAUCGAAUAAUAAUUGUUAAUCAUGUAUUGAUGGGUAUUACAACAAUGUUGGUUAUUGUAAUAAAUGCUAAAGUGUAUGUUCAAAAUGCUUAAAUAGUUCUCAAUGCACUUAAUGCAUACCUGGGUAUUAUGUAAAAGGUUUCUCAUGUUUUAAAUGCGCAGAUAAUUGUACAACCUGUUUUGAUUUACCCGAUAAUUGUGCUUCAUGUAUUUCCUCUUACACAUUAAUAAUGAAUAAAUGCAUCAAAUGUACUAGUCCCUGCGACAUGUGUUAGAACUCCAGCACUGAAUGCUUAUCUUGUGAAAUAUAAAAUUAUUUAGUUGCUAAUAAUAAAUGUUAAACUUGUUCGAAAGGAUGUAAGUAAUGUUCUGGUUAUAAUGAUCGUUGCUUUGAAUGCUCACCUGGUUAUUUUUUAGAAAAUUUGAAGUGUAUUUAAUGCAAUGCUUAUUGUCGGUUGUGUACAGCCAGAUAUACUUGUACAAGUUGCCCUAGUGGAUACUACCUAAAUUUUGAUAAUUGUUUACCUUGUCCUAUUGAAUGUUCAGAUUGUACAUUUCAAGCAGGUUCGAUUAUCUGCAACACUUGCGCCUCAGGUUAUUUCAAGAAUUCAAGUACAUGCGAAAAGUGUUAGGAACCUUGUUUCAAUUGUUAAACAUCAGCAACUCAUUGCUUGGAUUGCAUAAUAGAAUGUUUGUUCUUAAUGCACCAUUGCACAAUGUAAAUUUUGUAAUUGGACAAAUGA